CGGUAUUUGAAAGCGAGACGAAUACGGAAGUUUUGGUCAAAAUGGCAGCGUUUCACUACAAUUUUGCUAUAAUCUGUCGCGUUCCCAACUCAUUGAAAAACCGCAGUGUCGGAUCAGACAAUUACCAAGAAGGACUUGAUUUAGAAAAAACAAGGCAAGAAUAUGAAACUAUUAGGGAGGUGCUAAAAAAUUGUGACAUCAAUAUAAUUGAGCUUGUAGAAGAUGAAAACUACCCCGACUGCUGUUUUGUUGAUGAUACUGCAGUUGUGAUCGGUAACACUGCACUGAUAGCUCGUCCUGGUCACUCUUCAAGACAAGGAGAGGUAGGAGAAAUACGCAAAGUUCUGAAGGGAGAUCUAAAAAUGAAUGUUGUUGAGAUUCAGAACCCAAAGGCUACACUAGAUGGUGGAGAUGUUCUAUUUACAGGAAAAGAAAUCUUUGUUGGCGUUGGAAAGAGGACUAAUGAUUUUGGAGCCCAGGCAGUGGCAGAAGCGUUUCCUGAAUAUGCCGUUUCCAAAGUAAAUUUUGCCAACUGUCAAGCUUUGCACCUGAAAGAUGUUUUUAACAUGGCUGGCCGCAAUGUCAUGGCAGUAGCUCCUGGUCCAGAUGUCCAGUUAGUUUUAAGGCAAAUGCAAGAUGUAGCUGACUACCCCUACAAUGUGAUGCAGAUGGAUACAACCCUAGCCACAGACAUGCUGUUUGUCAAUGGUCACCUGAUCCACCAUGUCAGAAAUGAGAUGGGAGAUAAAAGCUAUGGCGCACUGGAUGAAAAGAUUCUGUGGCCAAGGCAUCAUGUACAAUUCAGUGAGCUUUCUAAAGUUGGUGGGACAAUAGGCAGCUUGGCCCUCCUCAUCACCCGCACCAGGAACCCCAAGCGCAUCAUCAGCAACAUUCAAGAUGAAGACCUCGGUUACUUCACCAUGUGGAAACGUUCAGAUGCUCACUAGACUGUAUAGCUUCUAAAUCUUAUUUAUACCAUGUUACGCUAGAUCCCUUUUACACUCUGUUCUUUAACAGCAUUUGCGUUUGAGUAUAAUGCCACUACAUAAAAUAUAGAACUGUCAUCCUCUCUUGCUUUAUUUUUCUUUCUUUAAAAAAAAAAUUUUUUUUUUGCAAAACGAUUAUAGUUGAAUGUUUCUUAUGUCUUUAAUGCUAUGUAUAUAGUUCUAGAAUGUGUAUUUUUUUACAUUUUUAUUCAUACAAAAUAUAAGAAGUUUUUGUAUUACUUGAUGUAGGCAUUUAUUAUAAUCUGAUGGGCUUAGGCUUAUGUCCUGUAGUAUAUUGAAAGUAUAGUUUAGUAGUACAAUAUUGAGUCUCCUCUAUUGGAGGCCCGCAGAUCUAGUGUAAGAUUUACUUACAGGUCUAGGUCAAUGUGAGCCAUUGUGAACUUAGGUGAAAAAUGUAUUGUCAUUCAGCUAUACAAAGUAAUUUUUUUUUUACUUAUUUCUAGACAUAAUUACAAUAAUGAUUGGAUGGUUGCAAUUGUCCAGCUUGAGGUUUAGCCUAGGAUAUAGUUUCUUCGAUUCUAAAAUAAAAGAGUCCAAAGUCUAAGGAAUAGUGCUGUAUUUCAAGUACUAGGCAGAAUUAUUAUUGACUUAAAUUUUUAAAAUCUCAUCCAGCGUGUAAAAAAAAAAGAAAUGGCUCAAUAAUCUGUAAUGUUAACACUUUGAACUGUACAUUUUCACAUCUAAAUUAGUUAAUGAUAAUAAUUUUUCAGUUAAUUAUGAAUUUCAUCUUGUCAAUAAAAUGCUCUCCUUUUACUUCUUACUUACUUGUUCAGUUUAAGUGUCUACAGUAUUUCUCUCGACCAAUAUAAUGUAUGCUUAGAUAGUUUUUUGAUUGUUUGCUUACUUCAUUUCACCAUGUCUACAUUUUAUUUCACCUGAGUAUUUAGUGGCUUCAAAGACAUCUUGUAUAUUUAUAUAAUUUGAUGCUACCAGGGUGAACAAAAUUCUUACACAUUCUUCCAUGUUUGUUUGUUUGGCCAGAUUUUUGGCACAAUGUUUUUUGUAAAUAGGUCAAAGUUGAAAACUAAUUCCCUCUUCCCAUUCCAUGAAAUGGACAUUGAUGUUAUAAAUUGAAUUGUGAUGAUCAAACUGACGUUAUUUUGCCCAAUGCUUUUUUUUUUUUUUUUUUUUUAAAGCUAUUUAAUGAAAUGGAAAAUAGAAUAGUAAAUAAUAAUAUUCUGAACAAAAAAUUCACUUAGUUUGACAUACAAUGUAAAAUGCUUUUUUUUUUUUAUAAUAUACAUAAUGAAUAACGUUUUUUAUUUAUUUAUUUUUUUUUAAAUCAGUACAAACCUGGACAUUUAUGGUUACGUAGAAUAUUUAAAUUUAUUUGAGUACAGGUAGCUUACAAACAUUUUAUAAAGUGAGAAUUUUUAUUGUUAAUUAUACAAUUUUACAAAAAAAAAAAAAGGAAUUUGAUGUAAACAUUUACUUGUAUUUUUUUGUUUUCAUUUAUUUUCCAAUCCAUCUUUUUUCAACUUGAUGAUAUUGAUGUCUCGGCGCCACCUAUGUAGAAUAAAGAUCAUGAUGACCUUGACCUUCUAAUUCAAUGUGGUCAUACAACAUGUCCAUCUCAUAGCAGUUUAUCAUUGACGCUUCAUAAUCUCAACAGCUGUUUCAUUUUCUUACGUAAAGAUUACUGUUUACAUUGUAAAGAUAUUGUCUUAUAGAAAACCUCAUUAACAUUAAUUUUUGUACUUGAAUUUUAGAUCUUUACAUAUUUUCAAAUUCAUUUUUUUUUUGGCGCUUAACUAUAAAAAAUGCAGACAUAUCUGGAUAUUUAAUUACAUCUAUUUCUGAGUGGCUGUAUGCAUACUUAAACAUUAAACACCUGGUGUGCAUCUGAUAUCUGGUACAUUCUAUAUUUGCCCUUAGUUGCUUUACUAAAAAUAUUUAAAGUGAAACAAAUGUUUGAGAGGGAAUCAUUCUUUUAAAAGACAUCAAACCAGCACAUUAGGGAGAACUGCCAGCUUGUAGAAGGCAUUUAGCUCUUGUGUGUUAAUAACAUUCCACUUUUCCUUUUACAUUUCACUCAUGAAAUGUCUGUUAUUAUUAUUAGCUGAAAAUGGGAAUAAAAUCUGGCAUAUAAAGCACAAUGUCUAAAAACAAUGUCAGCCAAAAAUGUUAAUGUUGUGCUUAUCACCAUUAUAGUUUAUAUUUGAGCUUUUUUUUUUCUUUUUACUUGUCAUGUUGUUAUUUUUCUUUCUGAAUACAUUGGGGGACUUGAAAGGUUUGUAUUUAGUCAUUUGUGAAUUUGUUUUAAAAUGUCUGAUCAUUCAUAAUCUUCAUGACUACAUUGUAUAUCAUGCUCUACAGAACAGCUUUUUUUUUUAGUAUCAUUUCUUUGCUGAAUAAACACAAAAUGUAAAAACAUUGUA